CAACCGGAUGCCCACCAGAUGUGUGGGACUUUACUGCUUACAGAAACCUGGCAGGGGGGAUUCUGGGAGCAGUAGUUCAACACAUCUGCUUUUCUCUCUCCCAGGUGCAGCUGUGUUUUGACAGAGGGGAGACUUCCGUGGCCUUUCCUGCCUCCGGCUUCAGGAUAACCCUUUUCCGAUGGCUUCCCAGGGGAGACCCAAGGAUUCGUUCCAUUGUGUGGGGAUCAUCUUCUUCCUUCUCGGCCUUGGAACUCUCCUUCCCUGGAAUUUCUUCAUCACGGCCAUCCCGUAUUUUCAGGCCCGUCUCAUUUUGGGGAACUGCUCGGUUGGCGAGGAGGAUGGGAACUGGACGUCGGAGAGCCCUGGGCCUGCACCUCGCUGCAGCGAUGACUUCAACUUCAGCAACUGGCUGGCCCUCCUCUCCCAGCUGCCUUUGCUGCUCUUUACUCUUCUCAACUCGCUCCUCUACCAGUGCAUUCCGGACAAAGUGCGGAUCGUGGGUAGCCUGGUUGGGAUACUGGUCCUCUUCAUGCUGACGGCCAUCCUGGUCAGGGUGGAGAUGACGCCCCAGAGCUUCUUCUCCGUGACCAUGGCGAGCGUCUGGUUCAUUAACUCCUUCUGUGCCGUCCUGCAAGGGAGCCUUUUCGGGCAGCUGGGAUCGUUUCCGCAAAGCUACAGCACUCUCUUCCUGAGUGGCCAGGGGAUGGCGGGGACCUUCGCUGCUCUAGCCAUGUUGCUUUCUAUGGCCAGUGGCUUGGACUCUCAGACUUCUGCCUUAAGCUACUUUGUGACUCCCUGCGUCGGGACGCUGAUCUCAAUUGUGUGUUAUCUUUUGCUACCUCACAAGGAUUUUGCCCGUCACUACCUGGAGAAAAGAACCCCGGAAGAACCAGGCUGUGAAAUGGAGACCAAAGCUGGGCUGCUUUCUCCUGUGGACGGCCCCCAAGGAGAACUGCUACACCAGAGUAACGGCAACAUUGUGGUCCUAGAACAGGCAGGCUUGAAAUGUCCCCCGGAGAUGAUGAAUGGGAACGGAGGGGCAAACCAUGGGCCACCCAAACCGUCCGUCCUUGGAGUGCUCAAGAAAAUCUGGCAGCUGGCCCUGUGUAUCGUCAUGGUCUUCUCCGUCACCCUGUCCGUGUUUCCUGCCAUUACUGCCAGUGUUGCCAGCACAUCUGAGAACAAGACCUGGAGCGAGUUCUUCACUCCUGUCUGCUGCUUCCUUCUGUUCAACGUCAUGGAUUGGCUGGGCCGUAGCGCUACGUCCUAUUUCCUCUGGCCGGAGAAGUUUCUGCGGCUGCUCCCCGCGGUGGUGGGUCUCCGUCUGCUUCUAGUUCCUCUCCUCUUGCUGUGCAAUGUCCCUCAGCGCGCUUACCUGCCCAUGCUGUUCCGCCAGGACGCCUGGUUUGUCCUCUUCAUGGUGGUCUUCUCACUCUCCAACGGCUACUUCGUCUCCCUCACCAUGUGCCUGGCACCGAAGCAGGUCCAGCCUCAGGAGAGUGAGCUGGCUGGGGCCAUCAUGACCUUUUUCCUGGCCCUAGGUCUCUCCUGCGGGGCUGGGUUGUCCUUCGUCCUCAAGGCCUUGCUGUGAUGGACGCCACCCUGCCGCUAACAAACCGUCAGAACACCUUGAAAGCUUGUGGGGAGGGGGGGCCUGAUGGGCGGGGCUUCAUUUUGCUUCAAAUCUCCCCCCUCCCCGUGUGGCAGCUAUUAAUCUCCCGUGUAUGGGGAAGGUGGAGGGCAGGAAGGGAGAAUGAAGGGAACACUUCCGUCUAUCUCUGUGUGUGGUUUUGUGUUCGCCCGAUCGCCCUCCUCUUUUGUAUGUAUUUUAUGACCCGCUCCUGGGUUUUCCCAGCGAGAAUUCUCAAGACCCCGCUCCUCCUCGUGCAAGCGGAAGGUCCGGGCAGCUUCCUGCGUUGCAGCGCCUACCCGAAACGCACAAAAAGGAAGGCUUUGUAAGUUUCGCACACUUCGCUUCUCUCUCUCUCUCUCUCUCUCCGCUCGGCGUUCGCACACAUGACGCGCACAAUCUCUUUGGGGGGUGCCCUGCCUUCUGUAGCAGGGCACCCCCAAAUUCUCUCCUCCCUUCCUGUCCUGCCAUGAUUUGGCAGCUUCAAACUAUCCGCGAAAACCACAGGGCUAGAACCCCGCCUUCCUCGAAACGAGUUCCGCGAGACGUCAGAUUCUGCGGCAGCUUUUCUAACGCAGAACCAACGAACAAAUGAAUGUAAUUUGUUUCAGUCCCUACUGUAAAUGGGGUUUCAUGGGGCUUGAACCCACGGACGCCUGAAGUAUUUAUGUCCACCCCCUACCCUAAUGGUGGUGGUUUCAAAGGCUGGUCCGAGCAACAUAUAAAAUAUCCAGGAUUUUGGGGGGAAAACAUAGGAAGAGAGAAGAAAGGAACAGGGAGACACUUCCCCAUGCUCCAGAAAGAGGUAUAGAAUUGGUGAGAAAUGGUAGAAUGCAUCUUUAAACUAGGGUGUGAGAUUUAGUCUCUGAUGAAAUAGUUUUAUGGGGGAAAGUGGGGGUUGUGGCACAGAAAGGCAAAGUGAUGUUACUGUAUGCUACCCUCCAGAUGUGUUCUGCUGGGGGAUGACACAUCUGGAGGGUAUAAUCAUAGAAUCAUAGACUAGCAGAGUUGGAAGGGGCCUACAAGGCCAUCAAGUCCAACCCCCUGCUCAAUGCAGGAAUCCAUCCUCAGCUAGGAGGGUGCGGUUGGGGAGAGAAAGGCAUAUAAUACUCCCUAUCAGGUAUUUCCUAGCUAUUCCGAAGACUUAAGGAAAAUGACGACAAUGAGUUCUCAUGGAAACACAUCCCCGGAAUGUUCUUGGGCUGUUAAUACUACUUUGUCAAGUGCUAGACUCUGGCCAGGUAUUGCUUCAAGGUAACCCUGGUCUUUUUUCUCAGACAUCUGAUAGGAAAACGCACACAGGCCCUGUUCGGAAGACACGUUAAACCACGGCUUUAACCAUGAUAAAUAAAGCAAAAUUCACAGUGGUUAAAGCUGUGGUUAAAGGUGUCUUCUGAACAGGGCCCACACACACAUAUAUUUCAGUACAACUGAACUACAUCAGUCUUGCUAUCUACUUAAGCAAUAAUAUAAUAUACUAGCUGAUAUACCCGGUGUUCCUGGGGGCCCUCGUGCAUAUACAGCGUGAAUCUCAGCACAGAAGGGCCUUUACAUCUAUAGCUGUGUGCAUAGAGGCCAUCUCAAUGGAAAUGUUUCUCCUGUAUUAGAGGUUACUUAUGUGCACCAGGUCAGGGAAUGGGUUGUGCGGCACAGUGCGUCUAGUCUGUUGCGUUUCUCAGUAAUGGUAAUGCCUGAACCGGGCUUGAGGCUCGCUUUUAAAUAAAUAAGGGUACAAUCCUAUAUAUGUUUAAACCAAGAAAAGUCCUACGACUCCCAGCAUUCUCCAUGUUUGCUGGGGGAUGCUGGGAAUUUUAGGACUCCCCCCCCCUCCUUUGUCUAAACAUGCACAGGAUUGUGACUUUAGUGACUUAAUAUUAGCUUUAUGAAGGAUCAAAGGGCAAUAGUGCUACUAUGUUUGUUUGUUUUUUAAAAAUAGGACUAUAUAUUUUACUGUUUGUGGUAUGAGUACUUUUUUUUUUUAGACCAGGUCUUUGUGGGUGACUCUGUUUAGAUUCAAGUUUUGUUUUUAAAGAAUAUUUCUGUUGCAUGCACAGUGUGGAAUUAUUGCGGUUAUUAUGGCUAGCUGCUUAUUCCUUCGCCAA